AUGAAACGCAUUAGCCCUCUAAACACCCUUUUUUAUUUAAGUUUAUUUUUUUCAUACACAUUUAAAGGGUUAAAAUGCACCAGAAUAUAUAAAAUCGGAACGAAAGCGUUACCGUGUUCUAAGUGUCACGAUGUAUUUGAUUGUACCGGAUGUUUAUUCGAGGAAAAAGAAUCUUCUCAUGUGAUACCUUUAAAAUUAAACAAGAAGAAACCAAACGAUCAUAAAAAGUUACAAAAACAUCAUGAGUCUCUAAAAUUAGGGGACGUAAAAUAUUAUGUAAACAGAGGAGAAGGAAUUUCCGGAAGUUUAGGAACGUCAUCUGGUAAUACAUUAGAUGAUAUGGAUUUAAUAAAUGAAGAAAUAAAUAAAAAACGAACAAAUGCACAAUUAGAUGAAAAAAACUUUUUAGAUUUUACUACGUAUAAUAAAAAUAAAACACAAGAUAUAUCUGACCAUUUAUCUGAUAUUCAGAAACAUGUGUAUGAACAAGAUGCUCAAAAGGGAAAUAAAAAUUUUACAAAUAAUGAAUUUAAUCCAAAUAAUGAAAACAAUUCAGAUAAUAGUUCGAUUGAAAAGAAUUUUAUUGCUUUAGAAAAUAAAAACGCUACAGUAGAACAAACAAAAGAAAAUAUUUUUCUAGUACCCUUAAAACAUUUAAGAGAUAGCCAAUUUGUAGGAGAAUUAUUAGUUGGUACUCCCCCUCAAACUAUAUAUCCAAUAUUUGAUACAGGAAGUACAAAUGUAUGGGUAGUGACAACAGCUUGUGAAGAAGAGUCUUGUAAAAAAGUCCGAAGAUAUGAUCCUAAUAAAUCAAAAACAUUUAGGAGAUCAUUUAUAGAAAAAAAUUUACACAUAGUAUUUGGAUCCGGUUCUAUAUCAGGUUCUGUAGGUACAGAUACAUUUAUGUUAGGAAAGCACCUAGUAAGAAAUCAGACUUUUGGAUUAGUAGAGAGUGAAUCAAAUGAUAAUAAAAAUAGUGGGGAUAAUAUAUUUGAUUAUAUAUCAUUUGAAGGUAUAGUAGGCUUAGGAUUUCCAGGAAUGUUAUCAGCUGGGAAUAUACCCUUUUUUGAUAAUUUAUUAAAACAGAAUCCAAAUGUAGAUCCUCAAUUUUCUUUUUAUAUAUCUCCUUAUGAUGGGAAGUCAACUUUAAUAAUUGGUGGGAUUAGUAAAUCAUUUUACGAGGGGGAUAUAUAUAUGUUACCGGUGUUAAAAGAAUCCUACUGGGAAGUAAAAUUAGAUGAAUUAUAUAUUGGUAAAGAAAGAAUAUGUUGUGAUGAAGAAAGUUACGUUAUAUUUGACACAGGUACAUCUUAUAAUACAAUGCCUAGUAGCCAGAUGAAAACAUUUUUGAAUCUAAUACAUUCAACUGCAUGUACUGAACAAAACUACAAAGAUAUAUUAAAAUCAUAUCCUAUAAUUAAAUAUGUUUUUGGUGAGCUAAUCAUUGAAUUACAUCCAGAAGAAUAUAUGAUUUUAAACGACGAUGUGUGUAUGCCUGCCUACAUGCAAAUCGAUGUACCAUCUGAAAGAAACCAUGCAUACUUAUUAGGCAGUUUAUCUUUUAUGAGGAAUUUUUUUACGGUAUUUGUACGAGGCACAGAAAGUAGACCUUCUAUGGUUGGAAUAGCAAGAGCAAAAAGUAAAAACUAG